CUUAUCUAUCUGCGACGUGUUUGUUGUGGACUCACUGAGGAGGGGAGUGGACGAGGGGCGGGGUCGCCCUGCUCGAGCCUCUGGGUCACGUGAUUCCCUUCAUAACAGUUGGGAGUCCCGGAGUGGAGCCAGGAGGGAGCCCCUGCCACCCAGAACCCACUUUGAGAACCCCUGUUCCAACGCUUUCAGGAUGAAAAUCUUCCAAUAAGAGGGAUGGUCUGGCGGCUGUAUGGGCUAGUAUCCUGGACAUCAGUAGAGACUGAUCUCCUCUCCAUGGCCUGUCAUCCCUCCAGCUCAGGCUCCUACACAGUGGUGAUCAUCCCACUCAGGAACAGCCUCUACAGCCUGGACGCAUUGCGCUUCUACCUAUGGAUUAAGCGCCUGAAGGAUCUAGAGAGGGAGAAAGACGCUCUGUGGUCUGGGCUGGAGAUUCUAGAGAGGGCUCGAUUCUGGUACCUCCAGCGGCUGCAUGAGAACCGAACCCGGCAGGACAACAUCGAGACCAAAACGAGGCUCGGCUCCUACAAGGAAGAUCCAGCUGAGACUCGCUCCUGCCUCCUCAGGUCUCGGAUCCUGAGGGUGAACGGCUCCCUGGGUUCUGUGAUGACGGAGCCCAACGUGAUGAGCAGCAGCAACCCCUCUCUGCCUGAAACUGUGGCGGACAGCGACCUCCGGUGGCACAACUCAGUACUGACUCAGGGCGUGAGCGACAGAAAUCGUCAGAUCUCCGUGUUGGAGCUGGAGAAAGACGCUCUACUCGAGCAGCUGGAUGAACUGCAAGUCUACUGACAGCACACGUACAUAAAUAUACAGCCCUGCCAUACUGCUGAUUUACAUUUCACUGAAUGUGCCACAGCUAAUUGCUUUCUAACAUGUAAAUAUGUAUUUAAAUUAAUAAAUUACAUCUAAUGAUGCAUCACUUGUUCCGUGAACCAGUUUCUAUGAAGCCAGGCCCUGCUGUCACUAGAUUGAUAAAAUAGUUAAAGCUCAUAAGUGCUUUCAAGAGCAGUUUAUACAAUCGAUGAUCAAUAUAAGAAGUAGAUAGAAGAAUUAGUACAUGCAACUUAUAGUAUCAGUUUAUUAAGGUUGACGUAUUAUAUAGUAAUAUAGUAUAUUUACUAGACAAACACAUAUGUCAACAAUAAUGAUCCAAUAAUACAAUAUACAGUAAAACACUGAUUGGAACCAAUCUGUCCUGUGUAAAGAGCAUUUUUUCAUAUACAAUGUAAAUUUGUUGGAAACAUUUUUUAUUGGUAAUUUAUUUUUGCUUUAUUUUUGUUUUACUUUAAUGUUUUAAUAGUUUGGUAUUUAGACUUUUAAUUAAAUAAAUUGUCUAAAUCCCACUGUACAAGACCAUAUCACUUUUCCCUCAAAUUCGAUGUUAAGAGCUCAUGUAACAUUUUCAUCAACAUAGAAUAAAAGCUGAAUUUAAUUCUCAACUGA